AUGGCUGAUACAAAGGCGUUGCCGGUGUUCGCGUUCACAGACGAUCGGGUACAGCUGCAACAGCUACGCGGCUACAUGAAAGAGCAUGGUUCCUCAAUCUGUGAAGAUGGGCCUGCCGAUUUCAAUGAAAACUUGGAAGAGCUGGUGAGAACGGUAUCGAUUUUGGCUAAAUUGGAAAACGAAAAGGAAGUGGAGAUGAUACUGAACUCGAUUUCCUCACUUAUUGUUGUGUUAACACCGGAAGCCGCUUACACCAUUAUCCGUGUUUUCUGCGAUCAGCUCUGUGCCGAGUUUAAGGGCACUGGUUGGAAUAGUAACGCAGCCUCAGCGGUGCGGACAUUAUCGAAUCUGUUUUUUGCAUUUAACAAGCAUGCACGAGUGCAGCACAUGCUAUACGUUGCACUGGUGACGCUGUGCGGUCGAGCUCGCAUCAUCGGUGAUUUGGAUACGAGCAAUGAGAAAGUGAACGAAUACAUCAGGCGCUGGUCGUUGAAUCGCAACGAACAACGAACUCUUUUGCGCCUCAUACACUGGGCUCUCAUCAACGACGGCCGAGCCGACCAGGCCGCCAAGACGAUGACUGCGCUUCUUGGCACAUAUACGGACGAGGAUGCUGCAUCGGCAGUUGAGGAUGCUCGUGAAUGUGUCCGAACAGCAGUUGUCGACCCCAAAUCAUUCAGUUUCGACCAUCUUUUACGACUUUCAGCUGUGAAAUUAUUACAGAAGAGCGAUCCACUGAUGCACGAAGUGAUACCUCUUCGUAAUUUAUCAGUUGAAGUUGACAUUCCAGAAGGCGAAGAACUUGAAGAAUUCAUCAUCGAUGCAAUACGAAUGAAUGCGAUAAGUGGCAAAAUCAACGAGCUGAAGAAGGAGCUGAAUGUUACAUCGCUGCAGCAUCGAAGCUUUGGCCGGGCUCAGUGGGAAUUGCUUCAGAAACGACUGGGCAAAAUCAAUGAGCUGAAGAAAGAGCUGAAUGUUACAUCGCUACAGCACCGAAGUUUUGGCCGGGCUCAGUGGGAAUUGCUUCAGAAGCGACUUGUUAUGUUGAUAAGCAGCGUGAGGACGUCACAUCGCAACAUCGGAAGUGUAUUUGUUAAUAAUCAGACAACGUAA